GCCAGGAGGAAGGAUCGGAACGAAAGCUUCCCGGAACCCGCGUGGCUGGCUGCGCUUCCUGUAGCGGGUGGUCCUCUCUCGGCUUCUGCUUCCGGGUGGCGCUGCGUCCUGAGCAGGGUCGCGGAGCGGGUAUGGGACACGGAAAUGAACACGGCCAUGGCCAUGGCCACAGCAAAAUGGAACUCCCUGACUACAGGCAGUGGAAGAUAGAGGGCACCCCACUGGAGGAGGUCCAGAGAAGGCUGGCUAAGCGGGGUCUUAGGGAUCCGUGGGCUCGUAAUGAAGCCUGGAGAUUUAUGGGUGGCUAUGCAAAACCUGUCACCAUAACAGAAGUCUUUACUAGAGGACUCAAGUGGGGAUUUGCAGCUUUUGUCAUAGCUCUUGGCAUUGAAUAUACACUGUUUCCUCCAAAGAAAAGUGGAGGCCAUCAUUGAAGAUCAAAUAUGACAACUUAAUACUUACUAAUUGUAAGCUAAAACACACAUAAGCCUGCUGCUCACUCUGUACUUAUAAUAUGCAUAUUAAAGUCUGUCACAGGCAAAA